AAACUUGCCCAUUCUCUCUGUCUCCAGAACCAGGCUUCUGGAACCAUGAGAGCUGCAAAUGGAACCAGUGUGGUGGAGUUCAUCCUCCUGGGACUCUCCAGGCAGCCCCAGCAGCAGAAGCUCCUCUUCCUCCUCUUCCUCACCAUGUACCUGGCCACCGUCCUGGGAAACCUGCUCAUCAUCCUGGCCAUCGGCACAGAUGCGCGCCUGCACACCCCCAUGUACUUCUUCCUCAGCCACCUGUCCUUCGUGGACGUCUGCUUCUCCUCCACCACCGUCCCCAAGGUGCUGGCCAACCACAUCCUCGGGACUCACACCAUCUCCUACCCUGCGUGCCUCACACAGAUGUAUUUCCUGUUUCUUUUUGUGGACAUGGACAAUUUCCUGCUGGCCGUGAUGGCGUAUGACCGCUUUGUGGCCAUCUGCCACCCCUUACAUUACACAACGAAGAUGACUCCUCAGCUCUGCGUUCUGCUGCUCACGGGGUCUUGGGUCAUCGCCAGCCUCAACGUGCUGUUACACACCCUGCUGAUGGCACGGCUGUCCUUCUGUGCUGACCAUGCCAUCCCACACUUCUUCUGUGACGUGACGCCCCUCUUGAAACUCUCCUGCUCAGACACACACCUCAAUGAGCUGAUGAUUCUCACAGAGGGCGCCCUGGUCAUGAUCACCCCCUUCGUGUGCAUCCUGGCCUCCUAUGUGCUCAUCACCAGCGCCAUCCUGAGAGUCCCAUCCCCCAGGGGCAGGUGGAAAGCCUUCUCCACCUGUGGCUCCCACCUAGCUGUGGUCUGUCUCUUCUAUGGCACCAUCAUUGCUGUGUAUUUCAACCCUUCAUCCUCGCACUCUGUGGAGAGAGACACUGCAGCCACAGUGCUGUACACGGUGGUGACCCCCAUGCUGAACCCCUUCAUCUACAGCCUGAGGAACAGGGAUUUGAAAGCGGCUCUGAGGAGAGUGGUGGGCAGGAGGACAUUUUCAAUGUGA